AUAAACAACUGUCUGCGGAUCAAGAUCCUGGGAGACUGCUACUACUGCGUCAGCGGGCUGCCCGAGGCUAGAGCCAACCACGCUACCUGCUGUGUGGAGAUGGGCCUCGACAUGAUCGAUGCCAUUGCGAGUGUAUGUGACCAGACUGGGGUUAAGCUGAAUAUGCGUGUUGGUCUGCACACAGGACGGGUAUUGUGUGGAGUUAUGGGAUUGAAAAAAUGGCAGUAUGACGUCUUCAGCAACGAUGUCACAUUAGCAAAUCACAUGGAAUCUGGCGGCCUCCCUGGUCGAGUUCACAUCACCAAGGCCACGCUUGACGAGCUUCAUGGACAAUACGAGGUAGAGCCAGCUAACGGAGCAUCCAGAGACAGUUACCUCCAGAAGUUGGGAGUGGAGACUUUCUUUAUCAAAAUAAAACAUCCACGAAAGCACUCAGUGCUGCUUCAGAAAGAGUGGACAGGUAUACGGCCGCACAAACUGUCAUUCAAGGGAGUGACCAGCUGUGUGAUUCGACUCAUGCAGUCGGUCAAAUUCAACGCUGAAAUACCUUUUUCUGAUGUGCUGUCCACAAGCCAGUCCCGGGAUUCUAUGGCGGUUCAACCACCAAGGAUGUCUAAGGCGAUGAGGACGAUGUCGGAAGAUCCAGAUAAACAAGAUAGUGUGAAUGUACCAGAACAGGAUUUUUGCGAUUAUUUCCUUACGACGGCUUUUGAUGCUUACCGGCACUCUUAUUUCUACAGGCAAGACAUUAUAGAAACACCCGUCGACCGUUAUCAGGCCGCGGAAGACAUCACAUUUGGCUGCAGCCUUGCCUGUACACUGCUGAUUCUGGUGCUGGUUAUUGGCCUGCAGGUUGUUAUCCUACCACGAACUUUACUGUUGUUCAUGAUAUUUCUUGUGGCAUUUGCCUGGCCGUCUGUUGUGCUUAUUUUUAUAUUAAGUGCUAAACUAAAGUGUACAAAUUUUGAUAUCCGAAAGUCGUCGAAACUGAGAAUCUUUAUUUCAGUAACAACAAUACUGAUUCCAUAUUUGAUGGUACAGAUUAAUGUACUUUGCUGCAGCGGUGGUCAUGGUUUGGAGUUCCUCGAGGAACUGAGUCUUCUGAAUGGUGACAGACACUUGUCGUGCGGCGACCCAAAUUACAUCAACAUCAGUGGCAUCAUGUGCUUCUUCCUGCUAGCCCUCUUUGUUAAAAUAAGUCUCGUCCUGAAGGUCCUCUUUAUGGUCAUCGUCGCAGCUGGUCACAUCCUGGUCAUGGAGCUCACCCACAAGAGUUUGUUUGUCAAAUUUGAUGAGUCAAUUCAUUCCUAUGUGCCUACCCAUGUUUACGGCAUUCUGGCUUUCGUCUUGUUCCUGCUGGGAUUUACUUUGCAGAGCCGAGAACAGGAAUCCACCCUUCGCCUCGACUAUUUGUGGAAAUCACAGGCAGCAGAGGAGAAAUCCGGGAUGCAAGAGCUUCAGAAACAGAAUUCUCGGAUCUUGUGUAACCUUCUUCCUGAACACGUGGCUAACCACUUCCUGAAUCUUCAAACCAGCAGUCACAUGGAGCUCUAUAGUCAACACUACAACACAGUUGGUGUAUUCUUUGCCUCCAUCCCAAACUUCUCUGACUUCUACGUGGAGUUGGCAGCAAAUAACCAGGGCGUGGAGUGUCUUAGAGUUCUCAAUGAGAUCAUUGUUGACUUCGAUGAGCUUCUGGACAUACCAUACUUUGCUGGAGUGGAGAAGAUCAAAACCAUUGGCAGCUGUUACAUGGGGGCGACAGGGCUCAAGCCAACCCAUCUAAUAAAAAAGCAAGUUACCACCUCUCCCCUGUCUCCUUCGGUGACUUUUUACAUGACCGUGAUAGUGGAUUUUGUGAUGGCCAUGAAGGAAAAGUUGAAAAAUAUCAAUGAAAACUCAUACAAUAAUUUUGAGCUACGAGUGGGAAUAAAUGUGGGCUCGGUGGUCGCAGGUGUAAUUGGGGCCAGAAAGCCUCAGUAUGACAUAUGGGGCAAUACAGUGAAUGUGGCAAGUCGCAUGGAAAGUACUGGAAUACCUGGGAAAAUCCAGGUGACAGAGGACAUCUAUGGAGUUCUAAAGAAUAUAUUUACAUUUGAGUGCCGCGGAAAAGUUCAAGUCAAAGGAAAAGGGGACAUGAUCACAUACUUCCUGAAAGAAAGAAUGACAGCAAGGGACUUAAACUACAUAUACCCACCUAUCACGCCACCGGCUACCCCACGUAUUGCAGUUCUUUCCCACAGGUUAUCCAGUGAAAAUUUUCCACUGCCUGUUGUGGGCAGCCCAGAUACUUCAGUUUCUAAGACAAUGGGAACCUCUGCCAGUAUGAAACAUUUGCUCAAUGCAGCCAGCAUAGAUCGCAUCUGCGACUACGGUUCUACAAGAGAGCUGAAGACAUCUAACAAUAGGCUGACUCCUAACGGAAGCCUCAAUAAGAGACGACGCUGUUCCAUUGACAACGCUACUGUAUGUAAAAACCAUCUGAAAAAAUUUAGCAUCUCAGCAUCCGGCCGCUGUAUCUCUAGUGAGCCUGUAUAUCGGACUAGCAGUCCAGAACUGCCUGCUGUCCACUAUUUUAAUUCAAAAAUGAAAAGCCAUCUACGUCCGGCAUCAAUAGGAGUGCAGAAUGCAAUAUUUGAUAAUCUUAAAGUGAGAUGUUCUUCACUGAGUCCGCUGAGUCCUCUUAGCCCUAAGUCAACAGUAUCUGAAGGUGGCCACAUUAUGAAGAUCAAGACAAGUCCAACAGCCUCACAGAACCAUUUAUGUGUAUCUCAUUGCCUACGUAAAGUUCUUUCUGAACCUAACUGCAAACCUCCUUCUAUCCCGUUGACAAAUGGCAGUCUACAAUAUACAAAACCGUUGCCAAACGUUUACCGGGGUGUAUCUCCUCCUUACUUAAAAAAGGUCAGUGAAGACUCUGUUCUCGAAAAUUCUGUGAAGUUUAACAUUGAGGAUUACGAAGCUCCAAAGAAAACCUGUCCAUAUAAAAAUAUUCUGCCACUGAGCAAUAGUUUUGGAGGCGUUAUCGAAGGAUAUCAUUAUAACUAUCUUUCUGACGGAUCUGCCAGACCUCUGCCUCCAAUACCCUCACCUUCGUUUCCUAAUAUCUCUGUGUGUGUUUCGGGAGAUAAAUUUGUGACUGGCAUCUAUAGAGAACCCCUGGACAAGUCCUAUUCAAAGAUAUUGUCACAAAGCAGCGCUGCUAAAUCGAUAUCAUCACGAGUAACCAAUGGGUUUCCUGGCAACGUUGUCAUAACCCAUGACGAUGUUCCCGAGUCUCAGCGUCAUAUAACAACAGCAGCAAAGACCGCCGUCAAUCAUAGGAGGCAAUCAUCUAUUGAGUCUACGGAAAGUAGCACUUCGCCAGUUUCACUUACAUCGACAAGAGGACUUAUUGCAAAUGAAAGCAAAAACAAAUCAUUGCAUUCUGGCAACAAUGGAGAUCCCAGUUUAGAUAAAUAUGAUAGUAACGAGGGGAACAGUGUUAUUUUGAGUUCAGUUUGUGAUAGAGGCACACACGUUUUGAGAAAUAGUAUCAGUCAUAUGCCCUGUGCAUCUGUUCAAGACAAGAAUGAGUUCAGAAGGACGUACCCAACAGUGCCUGAUGACGAACAAGUAUAUUGUUCACCUCCAAGACAGAAAAAAGAUGAUUUCAGCCUCAAUUUAACCACUGACGAUGAGAAAGAUUCGAUUUAUUCUUACCCCUACAGUGAUGGCAAUUCUUCUUUGCUGCUCAGCCCUGUAAAGACAGAGCCUACCAGAAAUGCUUUUAAAAAACAAAUGACACACCAUGAAGGGAAUCAACAUGCACGUUACUAUCUCUUUGAUUCUCCGUACAGUAGUUUAGAAUGGGGCAGAUCUCGAUCCAGUGAUGCAGUCAGCAGCAUUCCCUACUCCCCACUUCUACCAAACCCACCUGCAAAUGAAUCACCCGUGUCACCAACCAAGUUCAUGGCGGAUUUCGCUAGGCAGUAUAAUCCCACAAGCAUUAACCAGUACCCUGACCCUCUAUAUAACCUAUUGCCACAUCAAUUAAAAGACAAAAGCAGUACAUCAAAAAGAAAAGACAAAAUUUUAAGCAAGCAACAAAGAGUUGGCAAUGAAACCUUUUUAACUAAAAUGUCUACAAACAAGGGUGAUAGAAUAAAAAUGCAACAACAUAUUUCUACAAACCCAUUCCAAGUUAAACGACCUCAGUUGCAUUACAUACCACCUCGCAACUGCAAGAGUUUGGACUACUUUCCUGCAGAUCAAGAAGAUAACAUUGCUGGAUCAAAAACUUCUAGUGCACUUAAUACCAAAGCACGACAUGCUUACAUUACACCUCUCAUCUUUGGGAAUGAGAGAGCCGCCUCAAGAACAGACCACACUAGUUUGUCCUCUCUCGUCAGCAGCAGCGAGAUGUCGUGUUCAGACUCACACAUGAACACUGAGUCAGAAUCAGGGGCGUAUGACUAUGAAUAUGACAGUUACCCGCCUAGUGCUAGAACUGAUGAUGAGCUUGCUGUCCUGCAGUCCUUGAGUGACAAGGAGACGGACAUUCUCGACGAUGUCAACGUUGACAAUGUGACAGUGAGUGAUAAUUUUAGCUUGGAUAUGCCGAUACCCAAGUUCCACCACAAAUAA